CUAACCAACAGCUUGUUCAUCCUUCAUCCUUCAUCCUUCAUCAUUCAUCAUUCAUCAUUCAUCAUACAUUUUCUUAUAGGACGUUAUCUACCAAUCACCAAUUCAAUUCACGAAUCUAAGAGGGAAUCGCCUCGAUUCAAGUUGCCUUUUCAGAAUCGGGCGCAAUUCGGAGAACAAAGAAGAGAAUUCGAAUAAACCUUUCAACCACCUCCCACCUUCAAGCCCUUCCGGUGCUUCCAUCGAAUGAUCCCAUCUGCCAUUUCCACCUCGAUAUCAUAAACAUCAAAGGGCUAUCGAAUUUCCUCGAAAUCCUCGAAUAUUUCCUUCAAGAUGGCAUACAAUGGUCGGCGGGGUCCGAAUGUGUCGGAAUACAUCGCGAAUUUGAACGCAAUCCCGACACCACAAGAUUUACAAAAUUCCAAUCAGGAAUCAUUCAAUGUCGAUGAUGAUUUGGCCAUGUUCACGAACGCACAAUUCUUCGACUUCGAUUUGAAUCAAAAUGCCAGUACAGAUUUGCAGGCACCAAACUUUGAUGGCGUUGGAGCACAAUCUACUGCGGAUAGUGCUGACAUGGAUUUAAAGGACUUGGAUUUUGGCAUUACAGGUUAGAGAUACCCCCGAGUCUUUACUGUUAUGCUGCCAAACCGCCGUACUUCUGUCUAUUCUCUUUUCUCCCCCCCUCCUUCAUCUUUCUUCGUGCUCCCUUCCCUCGAUAUCUUUGGUCAAUGUGGCCCAUCCCUAUCUUGUGGUUAAAGGUUAGUCACAUUUGUCUCGAAGCACAAGUGUGCAUAUCACAUUAAAUAUUGAUUUAGGACCCUCUAUCUGAGUAGUCUUACUGGUCAAACGUUCAGCCAAUACCUCAACAUGCACAUAUCCACGUGCUAUUGCGCAUAGGAAGUUAUAGCUCUUAUCUUCUUGCAUUACUUCUCUGCAACGUUUCUCAGACCCUUCCUUUUAAGUCGUCCUUUGUACCCUUUUCAUUGUGUCGCUUGGUAAGCACGCACGAUUACCACGAUUACCGAGCAAUGGCGACAUAUCACGUGGUGUCGCACUGGAUGACCAGGGUAAUGAAUGGUUGCUCCACUCUUUUUUCUCUCCAAAGAUCACUAGUGUGUAUCGGAUGGAAUCCUCGUCUCUCUUACCCGUUUGCCGUCGCUUGGAGCUAUCUACCUGCAGAUCCAAAAUAUAAUUCCACAUUUAUUCCUCUCGUCGAGCAUUUCUUUUUCCAAAAAAGCAGGGAAAGCUAACAUCACAAUGAUCCAUUCAGCUGAUUUCAACUUUUCGGAUUUCAAUACCUAUCCUACCAAUUUCGGUAGUCAUGAUGGUAUGCCUUCGGUACUUCAUCCAAUUCAAACCAACCAUCAAAUUUAUCAACCUCCUUCAUCAGCCGGUUCUCCUACAUCUGCCCUAGUCUCCCCACAGGUGGGAGAAAAGCGUAAAGCAGAGUCUGUAUCUGAUGGACGAUCUCCUGACUUCGAGGAUGCAUCACGUUUGGCUGCUGAGGAAGACAAACGUCGAAGAAAUACCGCCGCUUCAGCCCGCUUUCGUGUCAAAAAGAAGCAACGCGAACAAGCUCUUGAACAAUCGGCCAAGGCUAUGGGCGAUAAAGUCGCUGCUUUAGAAGGUCGCAUCAAUCAAUUAGAGACCGAGAACAAAUGGUUGAAGAAUUUGAUCACGGAGAAGAAUGAGAGUAAAGAGGAUAUUGCCGCCCUAUGGAAAAAGUACAACAAGGACGCCGGUGACAGGAAAGGCGCUGAACGCAAAGAUGGUGUGGGCACAGAAGCUUGAUUAUCUUCCAAAGAUAAUUUUUCUACUUCUAUGUGUUCAUACAUUUCUGGUCUUGCGUUUUGCGUGUUUGCGUUUGCGCCCAUUUGUGCUUGAUUCAAUUCGCGCCAUGGGUUGUUAUGAUGGUUGGGGGGGUAAUUUUCACACAUAUUAUUGCUUGGGAUUGGUAUAUUUUUGGAUGUGUCGGGAGAAGACGAUGCUGGCAUGGCAUGAAGGUUGACGAUAUGAAUGAUGGUUGUUAUGACGGAUGAUUGAUUGGAGGCGUGGAUAGAUCCCGGAUAGUGAAAUGCGUCGGCUUCAUCGCCUCACAUAGCUACUGGUAAAUUCACAGCUAGAACUUUAACUAGAUGCUACAGCAUCCACUGCGUGUACUCUCGCUUCCUAGUUAGGUAGCUUAUCUA